AUGAAGAUUCAUCUCUUUUUCUUUAUUCUGCUCUUUUGGGUCACAAUUUUAUCAGCCAAAAAGAGAUAUCCUGAGUAUGGUAGCUUGGAUUUGAGGAGAGAGUGCAGAAAGGGUAAUGGUCGAUGUAAAAAUGAGUGCCAAGAAUAUGAAGUUAGGAUUGCUUACUGCAUAAGACCCGGAACUCAUUGCUGCUUGCAGAUCUAA